AUGAGCGUCGAAGACGUCCAGGACUACAACAAGGAAGUGGCCAACAAUGCCAACAACCACUCAGUCCCCGUGGACGGGUCCAAAAACGAAGAAAAGAUCCAGCCGGAAAAGGUCAGUGUCAGAAACAGCUCCACGUUCUCGUGGACCAACGUCGGGUUCUGGAACUCCUCCUCCACCCUGGACAAAUUGCACCAGUUGGAAAUCAUCAAGGCCAUCGAGAGCUACGUCACCGACCACUUCUACGGUGACUGGUACUGGAACUGCUCCAUCAUGGUUGGAACCUGUUUCUUCUCAUGGCUCAUUGCUCGAAUUGGAGGUGGAAUUCUUUCCUUAGGGUUCAUCUUGUUGUUCACCAGUUCUGUCUAUAGGACGGAGUUUAGAAGAUUCAACCGUAACAUCAGAGAUGACAUGACCAGAAUCAACGCUAGCAACAGAUUGGAAAACGAAUUGGAAACCAUGGAGUGGUUGAACUCGUUCAUGGACAAGUUCUGGGUUAUCUACAUGCCUGCAUUGUCGGAGACCGUCAUGUUCCAAACCAAUGAAAUCUUAAAAGAUCAAGCACCUGGUUUUGGUAUUGAGGCUUUGUCUUUAGACGAAUUUACCUUGGGUUCUAAAGCUCCUCGUGUGGACUCUAUCAAGUCCUACACCAAGAAGGGCCACGACCACAUUGAAAUGGAUUGGGCAUUUUCUUUCACUCCCAACGACACUGAUGACAUGACCAAAAACGAAAUUAAGAAAAAGAUCAAUCCCAAGGUUGCCUUGGGUGUUACUGUCGGUAAGGCCUUUAUCACCAAGUCUUUGCCUAUUUUAGUCGAGGAUAUGUCGUUUACCGGUAGAAUGAACAUCAAAUUGAAGUUGACUCAAAACUUUCCUCACGUCAAAAUGGUUUCCGUUCAGUUCUUGGAAGCACCAACCAUUGAUUACGCAUUGAAGCCAGUCGGUGGUGACACCUUCGGAAUUGAUAUCAUGUCUUUCAUCCCUGGUUUGUCCAAGUUUGUUAAUGGUUUGAUCCAUUCUAACUUGAGACCUAUGUUGUAUGCUCCAAACUCCUUAGAUAUUGACGUCGAGGAUAUCAUGGCUCAACAAUCCAAUGACUCCAUUGGUGUUGUUGCUGUUGGUAUUAACCGUUUGUCUCACUUGAAAAUUGGUAACCCAACUCCAAAGAACAGUCUUAAUCCAUAUGUUGAAUUGAAGAUCUCCAACAAUGCUGAGGUUGAAGAAAAGACAAAGGUUAAGAAAUUGGUUAACGAUCCCGUUUACAUGGAAACUAUUUACUUGUUAGUGAACAAUUUAGAUGGAAACCACUUGAGUUUGAAUGUAUUCAACUUCCUCAAAGACAAAGCUGAUGAUCAAUUGAUUGGUAACAUUGAUGUUCCAUUGGUCGAUUUAUACCAAAAGCCAAUCCAAAAGAACGUUGUCAAGUCUUUGACUGAAGGUGGAAGAACCGUGGGUAAAAUUGACUAUGAUUUGAGAUGGUUCCCACAAAUGGAACCUAUGGUCUUAGAAGAUGGUACUAAGGAGCCUGUCACCGAUGCGGAGGUGGGUAUCUUGAAAAUCAACUUACAUGAAGCUAGAGACUUGGAUAUUUCUCAAUCUGUUAUUGGUUUGUUGAAUCCAUAUGCUGAGAUUCUCGUGAACUAUAAGGGUGUUAAGACUUGUCGUCAAUUAAGACAAAUCAAUGAACCAGUUUGGGAUCAAUCUUUCGAAUCUUUGGUCACUAGUCAAUCUAAAACUCGUGUCCAAAUCAUUGUUAAAGAUGCUGUUGAUGAUCAAGUGGUCGGUAAGGUUGAUGCUAACAUCCAAGAUCUUAUCUUCGAAUCCAACAGAGGUCAACAAUGGAUCAAGGGUGACCAAGUUAAACCAGAUGUUCCUCCUGCAAGAUUUAGAAUUUCUGCCACCUGGAAGUCGUUGGCUAUGACUGAUGAUAGUGUUGUCAAGAGUUAUCCGGAUGCUUCUAUUGGUGGUUUAAGAUUGCACUUGCGUCAAGCUGUUGGUCUCAAAAACCUUGAAUCUGUUGGAAAGAUUGAUCCAUAUGCAAGAAUUCUCUUACACGGUAAAGUCAGAGGACGUACUCCUACCUUUGCGAACACGCUUGAUCCUGCUUUCAAUUCCGUCUCUUUCCUUCCUGUUGCUAAUGAGCAUCAACAUUUCUUGGUUGAGUUCAUGGACGAAGAAGAUGAAAAGGAUAGAACUUUGGGUAGUGCCGCCAUCAGUGUCAACGAUUUCUUGAAGAAAAAUGAUGAAGGAUACUACUUGGCCUAUGAUGGUUCAGAAGAACUCAUCGAACAGCCAAUUCUUUUGAAUGGUCAACCACACGGUAAAUUGACUUAUUCUGUCUCCUUUGUUCCAACAAUUCCUGUUUUCACUCAUCACCAAAUUGAAAACAAGAAAGAGUACGAAGAGAUUGAAGCACAGAAGCAAGCUGAAGAUGCCGCCAGACAAGCAGAGGAGGAGAAACUUUACAAAGAAAAACCAGAUGAGUAUCAAUGGCUUGAAACUAAUGAAGAUAUUGUUCCAAGCCCUCCAAAGGUUACCAUGCCAUUGGAGAAGGCCAUUAGGUACAGAACUGGUAUUCUCAAUGUUCACUUAUUGAGCGGUUCGUUUGACAAGCCUGAUUUAUAUGUUCACACUUUGUUCGAUGACCAUUCCUAUCCAUCUGGUGUAAGUCCUAGGGCUGAGGGAAGACACUUGCUGGUUUCUUCCAGUGGUGAAGGUUUCAUCAGAGAUUUGCCAAAUUCCAAGUUGAUUAUUAGACUCGCCAAAAGAGUGGAUGUCAACAGAGAAAAGGAUGUUAUUGCUGAAAAGAUCUUUGACACUCUUGAUUGUUUGAAGAGAGGCUUUGCAAAGCCAAUUACUUUGAGAAUCAACGAUAAAAACUCCGUCCAAGUUCGCUUCGAGUUCAUUCCAUCUGCCUUCAAGCUUGCUCCAUUAGACACCAUUUUGGACGUUGGUCACAUGAAGUUAGAUAUUUUGAGUGCUGAAAACUUGAAGUCCGUGGAUUCCAACGGAAAGUCUGAUCCAUUGGUUGUUGUUAAAUUGGAUGGUGUUGAAAUUUACAAAACUGAUAAGAAGAGAAAGACAUUGGAUCCAAUUUGGAACGAAGCCGUUGAUUUCCCACUUAUUUCUCGUUCCAGACAAGUUGUCUUGGUGGAAGUGUAUGAUUGGGAUUUGACUCACGACGAUGAGUUGUUGGGCAGAGCCAACUUAGACUUAUCAACUAUUGAACCCCACAAUUCUACUCAAUUCCAAGUUAACUUGGAUACUCAAGGUACCGUUAACUUGCGUGCUACUUUCAAACCAGAAUACAUUAGACCUCAAUUGCACUCUGCAAGUGGAUUACCAAUUGAUUUGAGUGCUGUUUCUGGUGUUCCAUUGAAGGUUGUGGGAGGUGCUGCUGGUGUAGCUACUAAUGUUGUUGGAAGUGGUAUUGGUUUGGCCACUGACGGUGUAACCAAGGGUGGUUCAUUCCUCAAGGGAUUGGGAAGAAGAAAGAAGAAGGAAGACAAGAAAGAAUUGGAUCCUAACUCAAUCGAGGCCAAUGCUGAAGAGGCACCAACUGCUGCCAAGCAAGCACAGUCAGACGACGAAGAAGACGAAGAUGUCGCCACUAACAGUAAGAAUGUUGCUGGUGUUCCAAAUAUCCAUGCUGAAAACUUACCAGCCCCUCAAAGACCUCAUAUGACCCACAGUCGUACCGCCAGUAUGGCUACUGAAGAUAGUUAUGCCGCCAGUAUUCAUGGACCAGGAACCAUUCCUGGUAGAAUCAGUGUUGUGUCGGCACAAGGAUUUUCCAACUCUAACUUGGAAGUCAAGAUUUCAUUAAAGACCUCCACCAAGGACAAGGAGCUCUACAAGACCAGAGCCACCAAGGUGGACAAGGAAACAGGCUUGUACAGGUGGAACGAAUCCACCCCCUUCAAGUCUGCCAGUAGUGGAGAGUUGCACUUCUAUGUUAGAGAACAUCACACUUUCGGCAAGACUGUCAAUUUGGGCCACACUGUGUUGCCAUUAGUUGAGGUAUUGAAUAAGGCCGAAAAUAUUGUGUUGAAUGCUGGCGAAGGUGAGUUGACCGUCAACAUCAGAUACUUGUCCACAUGA